GCCUCUUUCGAGCCGCUGUGUUGACAUGGCGCUUUACUGACGGCGAGUCCUUCUCCUUUUCCUGCUGGGUCUUUUUUUUUAUUAUUAUUUUUACUGCUCCUGUCACUUUCUCGUAGCGACCCGGCUUCCUCUUCCCAUCCUCGGCGAGGCGUGCUUCGUAUCAAGGGGACACAAGGAAUACCUGAGCCCUCAGAAUGGCGGAUGAUAGUGCAUAUCUCUUGGGAGUCACAGAUCACCCGGUGUUUGCAGUGGACCACUACACAAUGGGGAUGCCGCUGUUCAAUAACGCAAACAUGCUUACAUCUGACCUAUCGCUUCGCACAGCUGAUGGGCCAUACCUUCAAAUUGUUGAACAGCCUAAGCAGAGGGGGUUUCGUUUCCGCUACGUUUGUGAAGGACCAUCACAUGGUGGACUUCCUGGAGCUUCAAGUGAAAAGAACAAAAAAUCAUAUCCACAAGUUAAAAUCUGCAAUUAUACCGGGCCUGCAAAAGUAAUCGUGCAGUUAGUCACAAAUGGAAAACAUGCCCACCUGCAUGCUCACAGCUUGGUGGGGAAACACUGUGAGCAGGGAGUUUGCACAGUUAAUGCAGGACCGAAAGACAUGGUCGUAGGGUUUCCAAACCUGGGAAUACUGCAUGUUACAAAGAAGAGAGUUUUAGACACACUGGAAUCACGCAUGAUCGAUGCCUGUAAAAAAGGCUACAAUCCAGGACUACUAGUACACCCUGAUCUCCACUAUAUACAAGUAGAAGGUGGAGGGGAGAGGCAGCUAUCAGACCGAGAACGAGAAAUCAUUCAUCAGGCAGCACUUCAGCAAACAAAAGAGAUGGACCUCAGUGUUGUGCGGCUCAUGUUCACAGCAUUCCUUCCUGACAGCACUGGAAGUUUUACAAGAAGACUUCAACCUGUCUUUUCUGAUCCUAUAUAUGAUAGCAAAGCCCCCAAUGCAUCCAACUUAAAAAUUGUACGAAUGGAUCGGACAGCAGGCUGUGUGACAGGUGGAGAAGAGAUUUACCUUCUUUGUGACAAGGUUCAGAAAGAUGAUAUUCAGAUUCGUUUUUAUGAAGAAGAUGAAAACGGUGGCGUCUGGGAGGGUUUUGGAGACUUUUCGCCUACUGAUGUGCACAGACAGUUUGCCAUAGUAUUCAAAACACCCAAAUACCGAGAUGUUAAUAUCACGAAACCAGCAUCUGUUUUUGUCCAACUACGACGAAAAUCUGAUCUGGAGACAAGCGAACCAAAGCCAUUUCUAUACUACCCUGAAAUCAAAGAUAAAGAAGAAGUGCAAAGAAAACGACAGAAGCUCAUGCCCAACUUCUCUGAUAGUUAUGGUGGAAGUGGUGCAGGUGCUGGAGGAGGUGGAAUGUAUGGAGGAGGAGGAGGAGGAGGAGGUGGUGCUGGAGGCGGCGGUGGAGGUGCUGGAUCAGGAUAUGGAUACUCACCAUAUGGGUUCUCUGGUUACGGAGCAAUGCACUUCCAUACCAGCACGAACAAGGCUGGUGCAGGAAUGAAACAUGGAUUCUUGAAUGACAUGCCUAAAAACCAUAGUGAGAGCUGCUGCCACAAAAAACACAGUGUUAAAUUCAAAGAGAAAGUAGAGAUCGAAGAGGAAAGAAAAACCAAUAUCGGCACAGCUCUUGAAGUGGAAGAAGACGCUUUAUCAUGUGUUGAUGCAGACAGUUGUUUACAAGAUGCUUUCUUUUUGGAGAAAGCCAUGGAGCUUGCUAAGUGCCAUGCUAAUGCUCUUUUUGACUAUGCGGUCACUGGAGAUGUGAAGGUGCUACUGGCUGUACAGCGCCACCUUACAAAGGCCCAGGAUGAAAAUGGUGACAAUGUUCUUCACUUAGCAAUUAUUCAUCUUCACAUGGAACUGGUGAGGAAUCUCUUAGAAGUGAUAGCGGAUCUGAAUGCUGCUGAUGUUCUCAAUGUGAGAAAUGACCUUUACCAGACCCCUUUACACUUGGCUGUUAUCACAAAGCAGGCAGCAACAGUAAAGGACUUGCUCAGAGCUGGGGCAGAUGUGAGCCUCUUGGAUCGCUAUGGCAAUUCGGUCUUGCAUCUGGCAGCUGAACAAGGAGAUGAGAAGGUGUUAAGUCUGCUGCUUAAUCACAAAGUUGCAUCUCUGAUGAAAGACCUUCCUAAUGGGGAAGGCCUGACUGCCAUUCACCUAGCUGUGAUGGUGAACAGCGUGCCUUGUCUCAGACAACUCAUUGCUGCUGGUGUCGAUGUCAACGCCCAGGAACACAAAUCUGGGAGAACUGCCUUGCACCUGGCUGUGGAACAAGGAAAUGUCUCCUUGGCAGGUUGCCUACUGCUUGAGGGGGAUGCGCUUGUGGACAGCACGACGUAUGAUGGAACGACGCCACUUCACAUAGCAGCUGGGAGGGGCUCUACAAAACUGACAGCUCUUCUCAAAGCAGCAGGUGCAGAUCCUCACAUUGAGAACUUUGAACCACUGUUCGAACAAGAAGACAUGAAAGACAAAGAUGAUGAAGAUGAAGGGAUUGUACCUGGAACAACACCUUUGGACAUGGCAAGCAGCUGGGAGGUGUAUGACAUCUUGAACGGCAAACCCUCAAUGUCGAAAGUGGCUUCUGAUGACUUACUGACUCAAGGAAACAUAAAAGAGCUGAAUGAGGAUGUUAAAUUACAGCUCUACAAGUUGCUUGAAGUACCUGAUCUGAAUAAAAAUUGGUCCAUGUUGGCACAAAAACUGGGCCUAGGGAUACUAAACAAUGCCUUCCGAUUGAGUCCUUCUCCACCAAAAACUCUCUUGGAUAAUUAUGAGGUUUCUGGUGGUACAAUAAAGGAGCUGGUUGACGCCUUGAGAGAAAUGGAUUAUCCAGAGGCUGCUGAAAUAAUUCAGAAGGCAUUAUCCAUCUCAAGUCAGUCCGACCAAGCGAAGACAAAAGAUGCCAGUUUAUUUGACCCGCUUUCCUCUCCCAUGACAGCAGAAACAGGUGAAAUCUGCAAUCUAAAAUUCCAGGAUACUGAAAGCAUUUGUGACAGUGGUGUAGAGAUCUCGCUUCGCAAACUUAGCUUUACAUAUUCUGAGUCUUUCCCCAGCAAGUCACCAGUAACUCUUAAGAAACUGGCCACGAGAUAUGGACAGGACAACUCGCUACAAGGCAAAAUCGAAGCCACUUAGAGGUGUGGAACGGUGAUGUAACGUUCUUUGCAGAGAAAGAGAGCUGUUAAUGAUCCAAAGUGCACUGGAAGAAAAAAGCUCUUUGAAAUGUACGUCCACAGGACUGUUCGACAAACAUUGACCAGAUCCCAGUAAAGUCGGAGGCUCAGGACUGAAUUGAGUUAAACUUUCUUUGUUCCUAAGAUCUUCACCUCUAGAGGAAAUUAACUAAACCACUUGAUAUUCA